UGAUAUCUCUGGCUCUAUGUUCAUGUUGUAAUUUAUUCUAGUAAUUUGUGCUUCUUGCUGACAAAUCCAAUGUUUAUUAACUAUGUGCUCGUGUUUGGUUUAUUCUCGGCUUUGAGAAAUUAAAAAUCUUAUCUCCAUGUAUAUGUUAUGCGGCAAGUUACUUUCAAAACCAAUGACAUUAGAUGAACUCGAUGUGCGUUUUGGCCAUUUUACUUGGCUUGCGUUGGUGAUUCGUACAUAGUCACGUGACCGAAGUAGUUUUUGGAUCAAUGGCGCCAAAUGUCUGUUACAGAAAAUGUAUGUGAAUUAUGAGGUUUACGGAACGCAAACUGAAGUGCCAUGUAGUGAAUGAUGUGACAUUCUACACAAUGUUGUUACCGCGUUCUAAGUGUAAAGCAGUAGAAGCAUCGUGAACAUGUAGGUUGUGGACUACUUAGCGAGAUGUCGUUGAGAGGCACAAAGCGGUCGUCUGGGAUGCGCGGUGAUGAAGCCGGUGUAUCCAAGCGCCGCAGGACGGAGCCCGAGGAUGCUCUCUGGCAGCUCCGCCCAGUUAGUGACCUCAAGAUGUCAUCAAUUUAUAACAGGAGUGCCUCAGAGGCACCCGCUGAACUAUUCAGAAAGGACCUUAUCAGCGCCAUGAAAUUGCCCGACAAUGAGCCCCUGACACCAUCUUCGUACUGGAUAAUAACUGACACGUGGAAGCAGGACUGGGAGAGAGGAGUUCAGGUGCCGGUCAACCCUGACUCCCUCCCCGCGCCUAAGGUCAAGAUCAUUGACAAUCCACCGCCACCCAACUUUCAGGAAUUCAAAUUGCCUAAAGACAAAUACGUGCACCUGAGUCGCGAUGCUCACUACCAUUCGGACAAACAUCUACUGAGUCAAACGCCGGCGCGUGCCGAGGCCGCUUGCAGUUACGACUUGGAUGCCACUGACACCGCGUGGCUAAAACUCCUGAAUGCAGAGCGCGCGAGGGCGGGUGCCCCACCAGUCACCGAAGACCAACUCGAAAAAGUCAUCGAGGAGUUGGAGAUUCGUAGCUGGGAUAAAAUCCAGGCAAUUGUGAAGUCUGAGGAGGGCCUCGGUAUCGAGUACGAUGAGAAUGUCAUCUGUGACGUUUGUCGGUCCCCCGACUCGGAGGAUGGCAAUGAAAUGGUGUUCUGCGAUUCUUGCAAUAUUUGCGUGCAUCAGGCCUGUUACGGCAUCACCGUUAUCCCGGACGGUCAGUGGCUGUGCAGGCCGUGCGGCGACGGCGUGCGGCCCAGCUGCGUGCUGUGCCCCAACCACGGCGGCGCCAUGAAGUGCACGCCCUCCGGGCACAAGUGGGCGCACGUCAGCUGUGUGCUAUGGAUCCCCGAGGUCUCCAUCGGCUGCGCGGAGAUUAUGGAACCGAUCACCAAAAUAUCUUCCAUUCCACCCUCCCGAUGGUCCCUCGUUUGUGUAUUGUGUCGUAAUCGCAAGGGCGCUUGCAUUCAGUGUUCGGUAAAGACGUGUAAAACUGCUUACCACGUAACCUGCGCAUUCAAGCACGGGCUUGAAAUGCGGGCAAUUAUCGAAGACGAAAACGCCGACGACGGUGUUAAAUUACGUUCCUAUUGCCAAAAGCAUAGUGUUAAUUCUAAGAAAGAAAAGUGUCCGGGUUCAGGCGAGGAGGAGGAUGAGGUAAAACGAAAGCGUAGGAAAGAUAUGACGUCGGAGGAGAAGACGCAAGCUCGAGCCGCUCGCUUGCAUGAGAUUGAGAGGGAAUUCGAUAAACACGUAAGUGUCAAGGAUAUAAGUACACAUCUCCUUGACGUUGAUCAGGACGCUAUUAAUUACAUUUACAACUAUUGGAAGCUAAAGAGGCGAGCAGGGCACAAUCGUCCCUUGUUGCCACCCAAGUCGGACGACACCGAGGUGCUGACUCACAGGCAGGAGCAGGCUGACAUCGACAAGCUCAAGAUGUUCGUGCAGCUGAGGCAGGACCUGGAGCGGGUACGGAAUCUCUGCUACAUGGUGAGCAGAAGGGAAAAGCUCUCUCGCUCAUUCUUCCGUAUGAGGGAACAAACGUUUCACAAACAAGUGGCUGUGCUAUCUGCAGCUGGCGACAUCCCCCAGCAAGAGCUGUCAGCCAUCAUUGAGGCUAAUCACGGACCUUCAAUAUAUGACAAACUAUACUCUCACGACAAUGCACCUGAUCAUAAGAAUGAUUUCGAAGAGUUGCUAGCCCGCAUCGCGCCACCAGAAUCAGGCGACGAGAAAAAGAAAGAUCGCAAUGGGUUAGUCAAAGGUUCGAAGUCAUCAAAUCCGUACAAGAAACAUUACGUAAAUGGAUCGCGACGUAGUGGCAGUAUGUAUAGUGGACUGUCCAGCGAGGAGAGUGCGCCGGAGAUGGCGCGAUCCAGUAGGUUCCGAACCAAAGUUGGUUCUAGUACAGAUGACGAAGGAAGGAGAGCUGGAACAUCACCAAAGAAAAAGGUAUCUCCUAAGGGCAAAGGCAAGAGAUCUCCUAAGAAGACUGAAAGGAAGAAGAAGAAGGUACCACAGUCUAAACCACUAAUUGAGAGCAGCAGUGACGAUGAAUCUUUGAAUUCCAGAUUGAAGAAAGAUCGAUCUCGCAGUAAAACGCUACAGCAAAUGGAGAAAGAAAUGACGGCUGGGAAGAUGGGUCAAUCCGGAACAGACAGCGAUGACCUAAUGCCGAUAAGACCUACUAUGAGAAACAGCAAGUUCCCUAUCGACAUAUACUCAGACAGCAGCGAGGACAACAAGUCCGACAAAGCCGAUAAAGUCAAGUCAGAUAAGGUUAAAACUGAAAAAGAAAAACCGGACAAAGUCAAGGUGGAAAAAUCACCAAGUGGUAAUGAUUCUCAACAAUCUCUGCCAAGGACUAAGGCUGCUAUGAAAGAAUUUAUUCCAACUCAACCCGAGAAGAAAGCAACUACAAGUCCGGAAGAGGACAAGCCUGGUCCGAGGAAGAGAGGCAGAAAGCCUUCUAACAAAGACAAAAAGAUGCCAUUACCGCAAAAGAUUAAAACAGAAUCGGAUGAUGAAGCUAAAAAUAAAGAGAACAUCAAAUUCUCCAAACAGAAGGAUCACCCGACAGAUCUCAUUGUUCCACAGCGGCAGGCAGCUAAGAAAGCUUCCGAAAACAUGCGCUCGACCACUGUUGUCAAAAAGGAUGAAACAGUUCCUGAACAACGAGAAAUAAAACAAUCAACAAGCGGUGAUGACACCAAACCGAAACCAGUGGCAAAACCAAGUGAAAAGGCUAAAUCAACUGGUAAAGGCAAAGAAAUAAAAGACGCUCAUUCUUCAAAAGUUAACAAAAAGAAAUGUAAGGAGACAGAGAAGGAACCCAUUGCUUAUGUACCUCAAAGACAGGCAGCGAAGAAAGCAGCCGCUCAUAUCAAGAGUGGACUGGGUACGAAGGCACCAGUACCCGACAACGAAACAGAGAAAAAGAAAGAUGCAGAUAAAUCUGAGCCAAAAUUAUCGCCUAAGAAAGAGAAGGAAGAGGCCAAAACUUCGAAACCCGCUCAGAAGGAAAGCUCUAGUUCGUCUUCAAACUCAAGCAGCAGCAGCUAUUCAUCUUCAUCCAGUUCUGAGGAAGAACCUGAAAAAUCAAUGAUCAAGCCCACCGCUAAGGCACGCGCGAUCAAACCGGCCACGACACGCCAGCCGUCAAUGUUCUCACCUCCUGGCUCUAGACCUACAGUGGACUUGCCCUUUCUCGACAGGGUGUCAAAACCAUUGUCUUCCACUAGUGCCUCGAGUGAUUCUGACAGCUCUAAAGUGUCCGACCGAUCCCGCUCAGGAAGCCCCUACCCCAAAAGGCCUCGACGAAGGAGAAAAGGCAAGAGCGAGUCCACUGAUGCCUCCCCACGCAAGGCGCCGCCAGAUAAGAAGCUUAAAACUUCCGAACGGCGGUCCGAGUGUAGGGUACCAUCACCGACUCCUGAAGGAGAGGAACCUAGCCGACCCAGUGAUGCGCGCGCUGCCACACGUGCUCGGACCAGAAGCACUACUUCAGGCGGAAAUAUGCCUAAUAAGUCUGAUGCCCGACCUAGAAAACCAUCUAAAGACGAAGCCCUUACCGCUACACCCAAUAAAACACCCAAAGAGGGCAGCCAGUCCAGUGAACUUCCAUCUGCGGAACGGAAAGAGGACACGGAGGUGAAGGAAGAGGUCAAAGUGGAACUCAAGGAGGAGAUUAAAGAGGAGCCAGUGGUUGAGACACCCAAGAAUUAUGCUAAGUCUAAAACUAACAAGCUAAAGAGGCGAAGCGAGUCUAAUGACGACAGGGAGAAGGUCAACAAGACUAUUGAAAUUGAAGUACCGCCAUUACAGAAAGUCAGUCCGAAGAAGAGUGCUGAGCCCAAACAUAAGUCAUUGAUGAACAGGCGAAUGAGUGUUAAGGACACAGCGCCUAAAGACCGCUCUAUUUCUAAUGAGACUCGAGAGCCGGCCAAGAAAGAUAGGCGUAUGAGCGUGGCACAUAGUGUCGCUGGGUCCGACAAACCGGCUGUGUCGCCCACUAAAAAGAAGACAACGCAACCAAGGAUUGAAAUAGAGAUACCGCCAAUGGAAAUUAUUGACAAGAAGAGUCCUAUCCACAUCAACACAGAUUACCAUGACAAUGACAAGCAUUGGUUGCCAAAAGCGCCCAGUCCAAAUGCUAUUCCGCCGCAAGUAGAAAAGCCGGGUGGCAAUGAGAAAUACAUAGAUGACAAAUCCAUGGAUUCUGAUUACGCCGAUAAGAGCAGUGUUAAAAUGAUGGCUAAGAUACAAGCUAACCUCAAUGAAAAUACCAUGAUUAAAUCACCGAAGACGCCGAUGGACGCGAGAACAAUGAGUAUUGAACACAUGGAGGUUGAGAACGUGGCUAGGAAUAUGAGGAAGCGUUCUGCAGAAAAGAAGUUUAUAACGCAGGAUGCUAGUCACGUUCAAGGAGUAGAAAUUUCCAAGAGUGCUAAAAUACCAUCGGCCGUAAACCCAUAUCCAAACAGAUCCAUAUUCUCGCCUCAGUCAAAAGACAAUGAGUUCCUCGACUUCGAAAUGAUGGCUGUUGACGAUGGAUUUAACCACGAUGAUAUCAUUAAACCUUUUGCGACGUACCCAGAAUUCUUCUUCAAAGAGGAUUCUAAGCAAGGUGUGCAGGAAACUCUUAACCUAGUAGACAGGCUUCGGAUAAGGCUGAGCACUAAGAAGGUGCCGCCCGAGAACCCUGAUCAAGAGGAACCGAUACUUGUGCCUGAUGACAGUGAUCAUAAAGACAAUGAUGUCACUGCUGCUUGUAACUUGGUUAAGGCUGAAGAUAAUAAUAGUUCGCCUCCAAAGAAGCACACUCCUACUGAAAGACCAGUCGAGCGAUCGCCUCCAAAAGAAUCGCGACAGACCACCAACCAUGUACCGCGAAGAGGGUCCUCAAUAGAUAGAGAUUUGCCUUCAGGAGAUACUGCGAUGGAUGCUAAAGAGUUCCAGCCCAUCGCCAUGACGAGCAACGAGAAGUGGUCGAACGUGCCGGUAUCUGUGUCACAGCUGGACACACAGAGUCAGUCUGCCAAUGACAGGAAAUACGAUCACUCAAGCACAUACGCCGAUGAUGUCAAAGAACCCAUAACUGUGCAAUCUGAUGUCCAGUCCGUAUCUGAAGUCGGAGACGCUAUUUCAAUAUCUAAGCAAAGUGACGAUUCCCAAUCUUUGUCCGUGGUCGACCAUUCUGUACACAGCAAUGACGUAGAACUAGUACAUGACAACCAAAACUAUGACAACAAUGAAAUGAUACAUUCAGAUUGUGCCACGAUAUCUUCACCGCAGUACGUAAGCCAAGAAAAAUGGCGCGAGAGUAAGAUAACUACGCGAAGAUCGUCUGCAUCUAGCACUAACUCUGAAGCGUCCGUGAGCUCUCAUAAGAAUGCACGAAAAUCCCGUUUGAAUUCAAGUGAUCUACGUCCAGGUAAUGUGAUGCCUGCAAUAGAUACGUAUCCACCUAUCCCGGCAUAUUCGCGUCCCGUGGAACCGUCGAUGCCGCUGAACCAGUACACGACGUACCCGCCCGAAGCUUCGCCGUUCCUGAGCUCGUUGCCUCUGUUCGCGGGCGGGCCGCCGCUGCCGCUGCCGUCGCCCGGGCCCGGCCUCUAUGGCACCAUGCCCUACUCGGCAGCCCCGCCCCCGCUCAAGUCUACCUUCUACAGCGCUGCGUUCACAUCUUCAUCACAGAACAUGGCGCUCACUACAGCAAUGAUCGCUCCCCCUACGCCGAAACCUCCCGAUUCGCCUCGAGAUGAAAUUGACGUGACCGGCAGCGAUAAAUUCAUUCACGUUGUGUCCAGCCCGAGCGUGAGCGUCGAUUCCUAUGAAACCAAUAGUAAUAGAGCGCCAACGAAGAUGUCAAACGAUAGUAAUGAAACUAUGACCAGCUUACAUCCGCAGGAAUCUAAAUCUCCACCAAAACUGAGCAAACCGACAACCAAGUUCCCUGGCAAGUCACCGGGCAAGAGCCCCGGUAUCUCGCCUAAGCAAAGUGAUGCUCCUAAAGGAACCAAGCGACUGAGCAAUCGCAGCAACAGAAGCCAAAGAGGUCGCGGACGGUCCAAGAGCCGCGGCCAAGGGUUCUCCGUCGACUACAUGGGUAAUUCCAUACAAAGCAAGCUUGUCGGCACAGUUUAUGACUUUGAUGAAGAAAUCGCGAAUGAUGGUGUCGACUUAAAAGCUCUUCGCGACAAGCGAAAAUCUAUCGAUAUUCGAGAUGAUAGGAAGUCUGAACAUUCAUACAAAGAUGCGUCUCAAUCUCCUCGCGUCCUCACUCCUCCUCCAAGCAAACGCGCUCCGCCGUCCGACACUAAAGACAUCAAACCUCCCUCGCCUGAACCCGCGGACACGAACUCGUCCCCCGCGUGCGCGGAACGUGGCCCGGGCUUCUCGCAAGUGGCACCUGUCUUGCCCGGCCCGGUCGAUAUGCGCACAUAUCAACCUUUCGAGAACCCUGCGCCCGCCGCAGAAAACGAUUACCAUUUGCUAGCGUUUGCUAGCGGCACCGCCGAACAGCAUUUAACUGAGAUAGACGAAGAAGUUGAGAAACAACUUCAUACCGCACUAAUGGCAAGUAAUCCACAGACAGGUUCCCCAUCGCAGCAGCCAGCGGAGCCUGCAGAGCCCCCGAAACAGACAUACGUUCCCCAGCUACCUAAAGUAUCACUAUCAGAUUCGAGAAACCAACUGAAGGUAAAGAUCAAAGGGCCAUUCUUGGACGCGAACUAUUCGGCGAGCUCGUCGCAGCCGGUGGCGCCGCCGCCGCCCGCGCCUGCGCACGAGCCCGGCACCAGCACCAUGACGCCGGCCGCCGCCGCCGCCUCCUCCAUGUCGGGCUCCACCAACCUGCGCCGCAUGCGCAAGAAGGAGCUGCUGCGCCAGUACUGGACGCAGGACAUGAACAUGGACGACCCCACGCACCCCGCCACGGUGGGCGCGGUGCCGCCGCCCGCCGUGCCCUCGCCGCUCACCCGCGCCGUCAUCACCAUCCCUAAAGCCGUCGCCUCUAUGACUAGCAUACCCACUCGAGAGGACUACAAAAUUACUGACAGUCCCGUAGAAAAGAAAACUAAACGCAAAACUACCAGCGGCCUCUCCAGAGAGUUGCGACAUCUAGAAGUGAGCAUGAAUGUCGAUGUUGAUCCCUCAGAUGAUGUGAAAUUGUCCUCGAUAGCUGGCACUUCGGGACAACAGGCGCACAAGCGCCGCGGUCGCACGUCUACUAAGCCGAACAGGGCGAAUGCGACGUCACCGGUCGCUCCUAAACUGAAGAUAAAGAUAGGCAACAACACGGUGCAGCAGGUGCCGGCACCCGCGGCUCCGCCCGCCGACGAGCCCGCCGGCACCACUAUCUACCGACCGCCUAAGAAGCGAAUCAUUGCGAACAAACCGAGCUUGGAAGACUUGCGACGCGAAAGCAUGAAGUACCGUCGAAUGGUGAUGGCGGACUUUGAGGAAGACGAGAAAACAACUAAGACCAAGCCCAAGGGCGAAAAGAGUGAGAAACGUAAAAAGAAAAAGGACAAAAAAGCUGAAAAACUUCAAGUGGUGAACAGUGAAAGUGACAGUGCUACAAAGUUGAUUAUAAAAAUAAAGCGCACGAAGGAGGAGGAGUUGGGCGAGGCCGCGGCGGCAGGGCCGUCGACGAGCGCCGCCCCCGCCGCGCCCCCCGCCGUGGCGGAGCCGGCCAUCGACCCGUUCGAGUACGACCCGUCGGCGCCAGACCCGCUGGCCAUCGACCCGCCCUCCUACUCCGAGGCGUCGUCCGCCAUGCGCAAGGUGCGAACCGACAAGGUGACGCCCAUCCGGUUAAAACUCGCGCGCAGCUCGGAAGGCUAUGUGAUGAAGGAGCCCGAGAGCGCGGAGCGUGCGCUGCCCGUCAACAACAAUAAACACUGUGAAGUGAGGUGAUACAAGUCGCGCGCCGCCGCCGCUCCGCGCUCGCUCCCUUCUAAGGACAAACCUAACUCGUCGCGUAACAAGUUAGUCAAACAGCCUAACAAUAACAGUGCGGGAUCUAAGGCUAAAAAAACUAAGGGCAAGGACUAGAACUGUGUUUCAAUAGAACAAGUUAAAAUCUCCUGUAUAGUUAAACUAAAACUGAUAUUGUCUGUAUAUUUUUUAAACAAUAAUAUCUCUAUCAUGAUGUAGUUUAUUAUUAUUAUAUUACAUAUAUUAUUUAUUUGUAUAAAAGGAAAGCUCAAUGAUUAACUUAAAGUUAUUCUAAGGUUAUAUAAAUUGUGCAUUAUGCUGUGCACAAGUAAAUCUUUAUUAUAGUAUAGCAUAUAUAUUUUUGUUAAAGUUACUGUUUUACUUUGUGCCUCAUAUGGAAUCUCAUUAAUUUUCAUGAAUUAAUUGUGUAAUUUUUGAAAAUAAGUUACGUAUGUUUAAUUCUGAACGCUUCACAAUCACUUAACUCAUCACAUACUAUGUUACCGUGUGCAUAGCAUUUAUACAAGACGACAGUCGAUUUAUAUGUAUAUUAGAGUUCUGUGUCACUCGAGGCGAAACACAGUGGCACACGCUUCACCAAGCUCCGGUAGGUACACACCAAGCUUUCCCGAGCGGCACUCAGGCCGCAGCCUAUAACUCGCAGACUGCCACACACGCUAGCUAGCAUUUUCUGUGACUAGCCAAACGCAUUCAAUCUUCUAUACUCACUCUUAUCGAAUUACUUGUCUCCCGCUCACGCAGGACCUCACCCUAAUAAUAUAAGUAAUUAAAAAGUCACCGAUAAAAAAGAACCACCACCGGCGCGGUGGCGUAUAAUUACAAUAAUAUUCAAUCAGAUCAUGGUUUGAAUUUAACCAAAGAUUGAUUACAAAAGUUACUGCAUACGAA